AUGUUUGUGGAAGACAGCGAAGGUGUCGUCGAAUGGCUGGAGUCGACGUUGCCCGAGGUCUCCGAGGCUGAUCCCGAACUGUUGAAGGAGCUUCUGCUGGAUUUUCUGGAGGAAUGCUCGCUGAAGGGUAGAGAGGCUUUUGUAGAGGCAGUGUGCGUGCUGGUCGAGGGCAUCAUCGACGAUUCGAGGCCGUUUGCUGAACAGCUCUAUGAGAAGGUGUGUUCGCAGCGGGUUCCCGCGGAUGUGGGGAAUUGGGUCGCUGUCUAUGACUUGCCUGGCCAUCUGUGCCGACAGAAGCUGAUAAUCCGCGAGUUCGAGCAGUUUGGCGAGAUGUGUGCGUGCCGGGUGUGUGGGAGCGUGUCGCAGGAUCGAAGGAACGCGCUGAUCAAGUUUGUCGACAGAGCCAGUGUCGAGGCGUGUUUGCGGUCUAGCGUGCCGUUCUUCAACGAUCGGUUUGUUCAGGUGGACGCCGUGGGCCGCGCAGACGCAGAGGAACCACAGCCGGUGGGCUCGGCGCUUGGUCAGCUGUCCACACAGUUGAAUGUCAAGUCGAAACAGCUCGCAGGAUAUCGCGAGCGGCUGCGGGAAAUACAGCGGAGGGUGGAGGCCACUAACCCGAGGGACUCUUGCAAUCUGAAACGCUGUUACUCGCUUUACCAGGAGUUCAUGCAAGAGAUCGAAAAGAAACAGUUGACUCCGGAGCUGUUGUACCGUCUGCGGGAUAAGUUGCAGACACUCAAGGAAGAUCCGAAGAUGUAUGUAAAGCCAAAGAACGUUAGCGCUAGCAAGCGCCUGAAGACGUAG